UGCUAUGGUUGUUCUAUUAUGCUUUGUUUCUUAAAUCAUAUUAUAGUUGUAGCUCACUUGGAGGGGAAGGAGUAGCAUUAGCCUGUUUUAUUGUACUUCGUUUCUGUGUGCAAACAGAGAUUGUAAUGGCAGUUGAAGUCGUGGUAGGAGACCAUGAACAAUUGCUUGUGAAGGAGGGAAGGAACAACAUUAGUUUGAUAUUCUUCAAGUUCAUUGGUGUCAUCUUCUUGGCAGGUGCAAUUUUCUACCUCUCCGUCAGCAACUUUAAUACACGGAUGGUGGAGAUCGAAAAAUUCUCCAUGUCACUGGAGAAACAAGAUGUAUUAAAUAUUAUGGCUUUGACAAAGGAGUCAGCUGUAAAAGAGAAGCAGCUGAAAAAAGGUACAGAAGUAUGUGAUCUUUGGGUUGGAGAGUGGAUACCAAACGCUGCUGAACCAGCAUACACACAUACCUGCAAUCUAAUACUACCAUUUGAAAACUGUGUGAGGAAUGGGAGGCCUGAUACUAGUUACCUUCACUGGAGAUGGAAACCGAAUUCCUGUGACUUACCUCCCAUUGAUCCACUAAAAUUUCUGAAUGAAAUGCGCAAUAAAUCAUUUGCAUUCAUAGGGGAUUCGAUUUGCCACAGCCUUUUGUCUUCCUUGAUGUGCCAUCUAUCUAAGGUAGCAAAGGUUUAUGAUGUCUAUCAUAAUCCAUCAUUCACCACUAGGACAUGGUACUAUCCUUCUCACAACGUUACACUGUAUAUGAUCUCGUCUCUAUUUUUAAUUCAUUAUGAGACUGUUGAUAACCAUGGAGAUGCAUCUCAAAUCCACUUACACCUUCAUCUUGAUAUCCUGGAUAGCAAGUGGACCAGCGAAUACAACAAGUAUGACUAUGUGGUGAUCUCCAUUGGUCCACAUUUCUUCAGAUCAAGCAUCAUAUAUGAGAACAACCAAGUCAUUGGUUGCCAUCACUGUCCUCACCUGAAUCUAAAAAAGUUUGGAAUUGAUGAACUUUAUAGGAAGGCUCUCCACUUGAGUCUCAAUUUUAUUGCCAAAUCUGAACACAAGACCUUUGUUAUCCUUAAGACAUGGUCACCAGACCACUCUGAGCAUGGAGAGUUGCCCAGUGCUAUACAUCGCGGUAAUGGACUAGGCCAUUCAAGAAGAGGAUCCUUUAUAAUUUUGCAGCAUUGCUACGAGGAGAGUCGAGGUCGAGGGGUUUGA